AUGUCACCGGCGCAAGAUCAAUACUACGUUAUUCCCAACGUCAACGCCAUGGACCCUAACGCUCGGGAGUUCGACCUGGCCUCUCAGGGCUGGAUCCAAGCCACUAUCAUUGAGGACGACGACCUCAUGUUCGGCGGCAAGUCCUUGAGUACAUGGUACGAGGAGGAACGGAGACGUCUCAGCAACGGGUCUUCAGAUGAAGAGGAGCACCGCGGUCGCCAAAGG